UUAGACGUGGAACAGAUCGUGUAAUCUGGGACAGACUCUGACAUUCUGUUACACUAAUGACUAUAACUUCAUAUAUGGAUUUGGUCUGGAUUGUGGAUAUGACAUCUGUUGAAACUGUGGAACAAUGUGAGGAUUAUAUCUCUGAUUUCUGGAUCAUUAUCUGAAGUUUACCAUUUGGAGAUUUUCUCUCACCUGUGGAUAUGUGGCCACUGAGUGCUGUGAUUGUUUUACUCUGUUGUACAGGUUACUGGUGUCAUGGAUGUAAUCUGACGAAGCCGUAUUUUCAGUCCAGGAAUUUCUACAAUGUUCUCCGAUGGGAUGAUGUUGAGAUUGCAGGUCAAAGCGCUCUCUACAGUGUCCAAUACCACAUUUAUGGAAAAACGUAUAAACCAGUGAUAUGGUGCCAGAACAUCUCUGUUCCUCAAUGUGACCUUACGAAUGUGACGACUGAUGUGAACUCUAGAUAUUUUGCCAAGAUUACUGCCAGUGGACGGUGUCUGGGCGAAGUCAAGCACUUCACUCCUGUUGAACAAUCCAUUUUGGAAAGACCACAGUUGUCAGUAACGUGGAAUGAGACAUCACUGAUGGUGACGGUUGUACCACCGAUGGGUCCCGACAAUCUCUCCAUUGAAAAAUGUUUAGGAACACCGUCCAUUAAGUACAAGGUUAAUCUGACGCAUCCCGAGUCUGAAGCUGGAAAGGUAUUUGAGGGCUCGUCUAACUCAGUGGUUAUACGGCUUGUACAGACGGACACACGGUAUUGUGGUGAAGUGGUCUAUUCGCUCACAGUUCCCUUUUUACUUCGACAGAGUGAAAAUGCCUCCUUUUGUGUGACUGUCUCGGCACGUAAAUCCUGGUUUCUCAUCAUUGUAUUUCCUGUUCUGUUUGCUGUUCUCCUGCUGAUCGUCAUUCUCACAGUGCUCUGCCAGCAAUCUGUGAAAAGAAAGCAUUCCUUACCGAAAGCCUUGAUGCUGCCAAAGAUCAACACUCUUCAGUUUUGUUCACAUACCUGGGACGACAUAUCCAAAGUGCAGGUGUGGUCGGGAUUUUGCGAUAUCAGCCAAAAGCUUCCACAGGUCUCUAUUCCUCAGGAGAGGUCAGAGGUCAUGUAUAACUGUGCUGGUUAUGCAUCUCAAGACUCUCAUGAGAUGAAAGACUCCCCUGAGUGGAAGCUUGACUCUGUUGGUAGUCAACAGGAAACGACAAGCGACAUCUCCGAGCCUUCUGUCAACUACAGCAUGGUCGUGGGUCGUCCAGAUGUCCAGAUCUCGGAUAAUCCAUCAACUGACGGCAGGAUUGACGAGACCAGCUCGAAAUUAUCUGGCCUACAGUCGGUUUGGGUCGGAGGGACCAAUGUGUCAGUGGACCAAAAGCUUACAGACUCUGAUACCAACAACAAGCCCCUGGUGGUGCCGGUUAUACCUGGUACUAAUGGUACAUUGCAGCUGCACGAAUUUCUCUUCCAGAGUUCUCCGUUACUAGCUCAUGAGUCUUUACAUGAAGAAAGGAAACCUUUACUAAUGGAUCUAGUUAUAGAGGACUUCAGGAGUAAUGUAGCUUACCUGCCUGUACAGGAUUCUGAGAACUCUGUUGGUGUUUCCUCGAGUUUCACAUGUGAGACGUCAAACUACAGGGAGAACUGUCUGCCAGAUUUGUCUUUGAAAAGACAUCAAGACCAGAGGACGUAUAUUCUGAGGGCUGACCUCCUUGAGAGAUCGACUGAACCAGAAGAAGAGGAGAACAUGGGAGAUGGAGAAGAAUCAAGAGUUGGUUUGAUCUCUCUGGACAGAUGGAUGUUGCAAAUGCAAGGAUGAUCUUUGUCUUAACUCGAAAAUGGGGCGUUCCUCUAAACUGUGCAUUGCUGGUCACUUGCAUUUGUUGUGGAGCAUGGGACGCUGGUAUGCUGUUGUCAACAACAUGGCUUCUUAGCUAGCUUGAUCGGCAAGACUAGCACUAGCUAGCUUGAUCACUGGUGACUAGCACUGACCAGUAUCAACCAGUCUGGACCAGCAUGGAGAUUCACAAUGGGGAUGUUCUAUCUAAUGCAGUUCUUCAAUGUUUCCUGGAUCAGGCAUUAAGACUUCUUUUCCAAAAGGCUAGUUCAAGAGUUGUAGCCUAUCAAAAGGAUCAAACAAACUUGAAUAAUGCUGUUCCCCCAAUUGAAUGGACGGUUGUGAUUUUGUACAUGUUGUAUGAUGUAUGUAAAUAGCCACUUUUAUUUGUUAUGUUGUUUGUGCACUUUGACUGAAACUAAUGUAGCAUUGCCAUGUUCACAAGCGUUCACAAAACUUAUUUGAUCAUUAAAUCCAUUCAUGAGUUGUAAUUCAUGAUGGCUUGGCAAAACCAACAUACUGUUGUUCUACAGACUUGGUUUAGCGUUCUCUAAAAAUCUCUAAACCAAUAUAACAUUUCAGACUGUUAGUCGUCCUAGAGCUUUCAAGCUGCAUCCACCAACUUGGCACAGACCUUCAGACUGUUCUGACUCAGGUUGCUAUGGCUUUUGGAACUGAUCGGAAUUACGGUUUUUACACAGUGGACGCUCACCAAAGUCCAGUAGAAUUGCACUGAAGGAAUGUUCAAACGGGCCCAGUGGCGGAGGGGUGGCAUCUUGCGGACCCCCCCCCGGUCAACAACUUUGGGGGCGUGUUGGAGCAGGUUUCGCCCAGGGCGCCAAACAUGCUCGAACCGCUAAUGAACAGGCCAAGACCAUUGAAACUCCAAUUCAUUUUGACUUAAAUUGAACCGUAGCAUUGAUGGGUUUGACAGUAUUUGUGUAUUAUAUUUAAUUUACAGUUCAAAAUCACCAUACAACAGAUUUCAGGCUUGAGAGGCAUGUCUAUAAGAACUCCUAAUAAACAUGAGCGCAUAAUGCCAGCAGUUUCUGUGCUCGUGAAUUUGCAUAUCGGACAAAAGAUUCUCAUGUUUCUUUUACUUUCUAGCUAUGAGGAAGUUCUGAAGUGUAUUUUGCACUGCACAGCUGGUCUCAAAAUAACCGAAAAAUCUCAUUGUCAUUGUAAAAACAAACAUAUCAUUGCAAAACUAUGUUUAUGAGUGCAUA